AGCUGAUGGUGCUCUUUUUGUCCUCCCCACCCCCAUUGACACAGGGCAUUGAUGUACGAGAUGCUCCUCUGAAGGAAAUAAAGGUGACUAGUUCUCGACGAUUCAUAGCUUCAUUUAAUGUUGUGAAUACAACAAAACGAGAUGCUGGAAAGUACCGCUGCAUGAUUCGCACUGAAGGAGGUGUCGGAAUAUCAAACUAUGCAGAAUUGGUAGUUAAAGAACCACCAGUCCCCAUUGCCCCGCCUCAGCUCGCCUCAGUGGGAGCGACCUACCUGUGGAUCCAGCUCAACGCCAACUCCAUCAAUGGGGACGGGCCCAUUGUCGCCCGCGAGGUGGAGUACUGCACAGCCGGCGGGAGCUGGAAUGACCGGCAGCCAGUGGAUUCCACGAGCUAUAAAAUCGGACACCUUGACCCAGACACGGAAUACGAGAUUAGUGUGCUCCUCACCAGGCCAGGGGAGGGCGGCACGGGAUCUCCUGGGCCACCUCUGCGGACAAGAACAAAGUGUGCCG